AUGAGGCUAACAAGUCCCGUGCCACGUGCCUCCCAUCCACCUGCCAUUGACCCCACUCUCUGGUUAGUUCCAGGCCGUGGCUUUGGAACCGUUUAUUGGCCUAAACAUAUACGCCAAGCUCGUAGACCCUUGGCCUAUACGUCUCAAGUUCCAGAUCGCAUUCUCUACCCAUAUAGGUGGCUUAUUCUGCUGCGUCUUGUUGCUCUUGGUUAUUUCCUUACAUGGAGGGUUAGACACCCCAACCAUGAGGCAAUGUGCUUGUGGGGAAUGUCCAUAACUUGUGAGCUUUGGUUUGCUUUUUCAUGGCUUCUUGAUCAGCUCCCUAAGCUCUGCCCGGUGAACAGGCUUACUUUUGCGGUUGCUCUGAAAGAGCGGUUUCAGACCCCGAAAGGGAGGCUUGAUAUCCCAGGGGUUGAUGUCUUUGUUUCCACACUAGACCCUGUAAAAGAGCCUCCUCUUGUUACUGCAAAUACCAUUCUUUCUAUUCUGGCAGUUGAUUAUCCUGUGGAAAAGGUUGCUUGUUACUUGUCUGAUGAUGGUGGCUCUCUGUUGACAUUUGAAGCUCUUGCUGAGACUGCUAAAUUUGCAAGGGCGUGGGUUCCUUUCUGCAGAAAGCACCAAAUAGAGCCCAGAAUUCCUGAAGCAUAUUUUCGACAAAAGCAUGAUUUUCUCAAGGCUAAGGUGCGGUUAGACUUUAUGAGGGAGAGGAAAGCCGUGCAUAGGGGAUAUGAUGAAUUCAAAUUGAGAAUAAAUUCCUUACCAGAAUCCAUAAGAAUAAGAUCAAAUGCUAACAAUGCUCAUGAGGAGUUACAAGCCAAGAAGAAGCAGAUGGAAGCUGGUUCCAGUGUCACAGAACCAAUUAAGGUUCCUAAAGCAACAUGGAUGUCUGAUGGUUCUCAUUGGCCAGGAACAUGGGCAUCAGCUGAACCUGAACAUUCAAAAGGAGACCAUGCUGGUAUAAUUAAGGUAGUGUUAGCUCCACCAAAUGUGGAACCAGAAUUUGGUAAAGAAGCUGAUGGAGAGAACUUGAUUGACUCAACAGAUGUUGAUAUUAGGUUGCCUAUGCUUGUUUAUGUGUCCCGUGAGAAGAGACCAGGAUAUGAUCACAAGAAGAAAGCAGGAGCCAUGAAUGCUCUUGUUCGCACUAGUGCCAUCAUGUCCAAUGGUCCAUUCAUUCUGAAUCUAGACUUUGAUCAUCACAUCUACAACUCCUUGGCCAUUGGGCGAGGUAUGUGCUUCAUGCUUGCCAUGGGUGGUGAUAAUAUAUGCUAUGUUCAAUUCCCUCAAAGGUUUGAGGGAAUUGACCACAUUGAUCGAUAUGCAAAUCACAACCCAGUGUUCUUUGAAGUGGGCAUGAGAGCUUUUGAUGGCUUACAAGGUCCAAUAUAUGUCGGAACAGAUUGCAUACUCAGAAGAACAGCUCUUUAUGGCUUUAGUCCUCCUAAACCUACAAAACAUUUGUCAAAAAAGGAAGAUGAAGUAGUUGUGCUAAUUGAUCCACAUGAUGAUGAUGCAGAUAUUAAGUACAGGUUUGGCAAUUCUACUUCUCUAGCUGCAUCCAUUCCUGUGGCAGAAUACCAGGGAAGCUAUCUUAAAGACUUUGAAGUAAACGGAUCGCAUGUAUGGCCAAGGCCAGCAUGUUCUCUUGCUGUGGCUCGCAAACCUGUGGCUCGCAAACCAUUAGAUGAUGCUACUGUUUCAGAGGCAAUGGGUGUCAUAUCUUGUUUCUAUGAGGAUAAAACUGAAUGGGGAAAAGGAGUGGGGUGGAUAUAUGGUUUCGUUACAGGAGAUGUGGUGACUGGUUACAAAAUGCACGAUAGAGGGUGGAGCUCUGUAUACUGUGUGACCAAUGCUUUUAGAGCAACAGCUCCAAUCAACCUAUCAGACGGGCUGCAUCAGGUGCUUCGAUGGGCAACAGGUUCUGUUGAGAUUUUCUUCUCAAAGAACAAUGCAUUAUUGGCCAGUUCUAGAAUGAAGUUCUUGCAAAAGGUGGCAUAUUUCAAUUUGGGAAUGUACCCUCUCACUUCAAUGUUUCUGAUUAUCUAUUGCUUUCUUCCUGCAAUAUCCCUACUCUCAGGACAGUUUAUAGUCCAAUCCCUCAACACAGCUUUUCUAGUGUCCUUGCUGGGAAUCACAAUCACACAGUAUUGGAUUGCACUGUUUGAGAUCAAGUGGUCAGGAAUCACUCUACAUGACUGGUGGAGAAACAAACAGUUCUGGUUAAUUGGUGGAACAAGUGCCCAUCAUGCCGCUGUUUUACAAGGGUUGUUGAAGGUGAUAGCAGGAGUAGACAUCUCAAAAUCAGCCACUCCAGAAAUUGGAGAUGAUGAGUUUGCUGAUCUUUAUAAGUCAAAGUGGAGCUUUCUAAUGAUCCCUCCAAUUACCAUUAUUUUGGUGCACAUGAUUGCUAUUGCUAUAGGCGUAUACAGGACUCUGUACAGCCCAUUUCCACAAUGGAGUACCCUUGUUGGAGGGGUGUUUUUUAGCUUCUUGGUCUUGUGUCAUCUUUACCCCUUUGCAAAGGGACUGUUGGGAAGGAAAGGGUAAAUUCCAACCAUUUCUGUCCAUAUUUAGUCUGGAUUGCUCUCCAUUAUUAUCUAUUUGCUUUGGGUUUACAUGAACCCUCCUUCUGGAACAACACAAGAUUACAUGAAUUUCCAGUUGCCUUAG